AUGGAGAGCGGAUCAGAAGAUGAAGAAAGCAUUGUGUGUUUGCGUGAAGAAAUUCGUAAGAAAACGCAAGAGCUUAAGCAGAUGCAAGACGAAUUUGACGAGUACACGCAAUCUAGUCAUGAGUUAGAGCUGGAGCUGGAGCAGGAACUGUCUCGCGUCGAAAAACGCAAUGUACACUUACUUACCAAGAAUCAAAAUUUGGAGCGCGAUCUGCAGCUUACGCGUGGGAAGCUGGAAGAAGCGCUGGAUCAAACUCGCCAGUUCGAGAAUGAGCUCCAAGUCACCCGUCUCGAGUUAGACACAGCUGUACAGGCGCUUCGCAAACUCGAGCAGCAGCAAGACGACCUUGAGACGCAAGUGCGUGUUCUGCAAGCUACUGAGUCUGACCUGCGACACAAGAUGGAACGCGAAAUUGAAGAAAAGGUGUUCUUGCUGAGCGACCAAGAGGAGCUUCAACGUGAGCACGAAUUGGCCGCAGAGCGGUUUCGAACGGAGAUUAUGGACCUUAAGUCCGAACUUUACGCGCUACAACAGAAAUUUGAGGAUGCUACAGCAACGUCAGAGACGUUUUCGGGAAACGACAGUAUGGCCACGACACGUAGCCCUUCCGAGGAUGACGAUGAUGGCUACGACUCAAGCUAUAACGCAAAUUCACUCCACCAAUUGACGGUACACGAACGUGACGAGAUUGGUCGCGAGGUUCUCAUCGAGUCGCUGCGAGAGGAGAUUAAAGCCCUCUCAACAAGUUUUCAGGACGAGUUAGAGGCCCGCACAGCCGCAGAAGCCGAGCUACGGCAACUGCGCGAUAGUCUUGCCCACAUGGAGGCAAUGGAAGCAGAAAUAACUGAAAUGACGGAUGAAUUGAUCGGCAAAUCACAAGAUAUUCGGAGUCGUGACGAGCAAAUUGAAGACCUUCGAGAGGCCCUACUUAAGCUUCAAUCCGAGUUGGUCACAGCUAAUGACGGAAGCAUCGAGUUUACGGACGAACGUGAGGCCACGCAGCGUCAGCUUGACGACAAGGAAAAGGAAAUUAUCAAUUUAAGAGACGAACUAGACGUUCUCAAGUCGCAAUGUGAUGACCUCGCUGAAAAUGAAUGUCAACUGAAAGAACAGCUCGAACACGAGACUGAAGCCGCGGAGGAGUGGAAGGAUCAAGUGGAGACAUUAAAGAGAAAAAUGGAUAAAAGCAAACAAGAACGAAUCGAUCUUGAAAAAAAAGUGCAAUUUGACGAGAGUGAAAUGACUCAACAUCGCCAGGAAGUGCAAAAGCUUCACAGCAUGAAUCUUGAUCUUCAAAAGCAGCUCAAUGAAUUGAAAAAGAGAUCUCAAGAGAUUGAGCUUUCAUCGGCGUUAUCGACUGCUCCGAUUGUUGCACCUCUUAUCGAGAAGGAGGUAGCUGAGUCGAAGCGGCUGAUCAUCGAAAUUAAAACGCUGCGAACAUCUUUGAACUCUUUGUCGGCUGAAAAUGCUCGACUAAGGAACCAAGAGGGCAUGCCUUCGAGUGUGGUGCCAGCAAAGCGGGUGUCUGCUGACGUGCUGCAAUUGAAUUUUACACCUGAGCAGCUUGCUCGUAAAUAUUUGGCUGAACGAACGCGUAAUGCGUCUCUGCUGUCGCGUUUGCAGACUGUUUGCGGAAAUAUUCAAGUAUAUUGUCGAGUGCGACCGAUCAUCAACGAAGAAUUGGAUAAGUCGUGGGGGUCAAAGCUGGCAGUCAAUGUGGUAAACCAAUCUGAUUUGGCAGCUUUGGAUAUUCGACAGGAGCGCUCGUUUUCUACCGACUCGGAUGGUACAACUGUCAGCAAUGAAAAUACAGAGACCUUGACAAGCAAUAGCACUUGGAAAGUUUUUACAUUUGAUCGAAUCCUGGGCCCAGAAGAGACUCAAAACGAUGUUUUUCGUGAGGUGGAGCCCAUUGCACAGUCAGUUGUAGAUGGUUUUAAGGCGUGCAUUUUUGCGUAUGGGCAGACGGGUUCAGGAAAAACUUACACAAUGGAAGGUACCUCGAGCGAUCCCGGAUUAAACUACAGGAUAAUUAGCCACCUCUUCCAAUCGAUUCAUUUGCGUGGGGCUAUUUACACUCCUGAGGCUGCUAACAAUCAAGUUAAAGACGACGACGAGAUGAACGGUUUGCAAGGUACCGUUGAUUCUCUCAUGUACCACAUUCAAGUUGGCGUGCUAGAAAUCUAUAACGACUCAUUACGAGACCUGAUCAACACAAAUAAUUCCAAAGGCCUUGAGAUCCGGCACGACUCAUCGACAGGUGAUAUUCAUGUUCCUGACCUGACUAUGGCGACCGUGUCCUCUCCUCAGCAAACAAUUGACGUGCUUCGAAAUGCGCAAAGUAACCGUAUUACAGGAAAGACGAACUCAAACAUGCACAGUAGUCGAUCGCAUAGCAUUGUAAUUUUGCAAAUUUCGAAACGCAGGCCAGAAAGUAGCUAUCCUGACCAAGAUCCGGCAGAAGUUGGCGUUGAAGAAGAAGGAUGCGGUAAGCUAUAUCUUGUGGAUUUGGCUGGUUCGGAGAGGGUCAAGAAAAGUAACGUGAGUGGGGAAAUGCUGAAAGAAGCUGCUCAUAUCAAUAAAUCCCUCUCCGCCUUGGCCGAUGUGAUGGAGGCAUUGGACAAGAAGAUGGCGCACGUUCCAUACCGUAACUCAAAACUAACGUAUUUGCUUCAAGAUGUGCUGAAUUCGUCGUGCAAGACUGUGAUGAUUGUGAACGUCGGUCCAACUAUCGAAAACGCAAGCGAAACCUAUCGAUCACUCCAGCUGGCCGAACGUGUGCGCAAUAUUGUGGUGGGUAGGAACCAGAUAGUGAAGAAUAAGAAGGAUAUUCUAUCGGCCAAAAAGGCUUUCGCUGAGUUGCAGUCAUUGAAGCAGCAGAUGCAGAUCUCCAAGAGAAAAUAUAUGCAGUCUCAGCAGUCUGUGGUUGCUCUGAAACGAGACCAGAAGAACCAGUCGGAAAAACAGUCGGCAACGCUGCAGAACCGGCUUAAGUCAUGGGAAACACAGAACGAGAGUCUUAAAGCUCAAAAUGAUUCUUUGAAGAAGCUUGUGGAUGACCUUAGUAUCCAGCUGAAAGCGGAGCGAGACAUCAAGUCAAAAGAGGCGGAACAGCGCGAAACUGCUCAGCGAUUGCUACGACAACAAAACGCAAAAACUCGCGUAUCUUCAUCACAGCAGGAGGCGCUUCAAGAGCUGCUAAAGGAGCGUGAUGAAGAUAUCAAAAGGCUACGAAUGCAGCUGACCGAAGCUAGACGAAGAAGUACUAGCUCACUGAUACCGCGGCUUCCGGUGUCGUCGCCUCCGAUGAAAAAGUCGAAAAACGCUCGACCUUCUAGCUCACCUGGUUCAAAUCAGCAAGAUGGCGAAAGUGUGGGUGGUACAAGUCGUAGUUCAAAGGCUCGUACCGUCGUCAGACGAUCAUCCGGAUCACGCUUGCAGCUAAACAUUACAUCGAGUAAUGACACUGGCACAGAUCAAAGUGGAUCAAUCAGCAAACGUGGAAGUUCGCAGGGCUCAGCAAGACUGCCAACAUUGAUGCGAGCAACGUCCUCGUCAAAAUCUGGUGCUUGGAAAUAG